AUGUCGCGCAACAACGAUGAUCGUCAGCCCACUUCGAGCCAGGGGAGGAGGCAAGAGCCGGAGCAGGGUUGGGCCCCGGCCCCGACAGCAAGCGGAUCCAUUCCCGAAGCUUCCGCUUCCGAUUCCAUCUCCAGCUCCAGCUCGACGUCGGAGCCCAAAUCCACGCUGGCCUCGCGCCGUCUAUCCGCCCGCAAAGCGCUUCGACCAACGUCUUUCAGCUGGUCAGCUCCUCAAUCCCUCAUGCAUCCCACCGCUCCCUCGGAGCACGCCCCGCUUGCUCAACGCGAAAAAUAUUUCCGAAGAAUCAAUCGUCCGGACUUGCCCUUUGGACCUGCUCCUAACAGGAGACAACGCGGUAUCGCAUUGGCUGCGUAUGUAAUUGCUACGGGAGCGGCGGGUUACAUGACCCUGUUUGCGGAUUUUGGAGAGGAUGAGCAUGUGUUCAUGCCGCCGCGCAAAAUCCGACGCAUGGUAGGUCUACAGCCGCCUGUGGAUGCGCACACAAGGCCUCUUCGAGGUCGAAGAGGUGCGCCUGCACCAUCCAGCAGCUCGUCCCCAUCCGCUUCAUCCUCAGGCUCCGGCUCGAACGUCGAACAAGCAGGCACGAACGCAGCUCCCAUUGCCAAUUCGCACGUUCCAGUGGAUGGAGCGCUAGGAACUUCUUCCCCCGCUCCAUAUGCCGGUAUUUUUUCCCUGCGCAAGACCCACUCCGGUCCCAGUCCCAGUCCUAGCGCCGAGUCGGGGCGCGCGGAUGCGAAAGGGCAAACCUCGACUACUGCUUUGGACCGGACGGAUGCAUUGUUGAAAGAGAGGGAGAAGGAGCUGGAGGAGAUGUUGAGGAGGGAUAAGGAGGGUGCAUCAGGGACGAAGAGUUGGACAGAUUCGCUUGUGCCGAGCAGCUUGACCGCUUGGUGGGGUGCUAGUGGCAGCGGCGGCAGGAGCGCUACCGACGAUACCAAAGAUGCGUCGCCUCAAACCCGAGCAAAGGUCGUUUAG